CAGAUAAUGUUAACCCGUCUGUGUCUCUAAGCCUCAGCGGCGAAUCCGAUUCUUGCAGCCAUCCAAUGGCUUCUCUGUCGCUUGACGUAGCCUCAACCUUCCUCCGCCUCACUUCUCGCAGCCCUAAAUCCCUCCGGAGUGCCGUUCUGCCGAUCAUUUUCAGAGCGAAGCCCCAGGGCCACCGGCAGUUCCACUCUCUGAGCCUCAGAGCGGCUCCACUUGGCGCCACGACUGCAGCUGCGCGUGGCACCCGCCGUCUCACGGUUGCUGCCACGGCCACUACCACGCCGCAGAGCGACGAGUCCGAUGUCUUGACUAAAAUCCCGCCCGAUAAUCGGGUUCCAGCCACCAUAAUCACUGGGUUCCUUGGUUCCGGGAAGACGACUCUGCUUAACCAUAUACUGACCGCUGAUCAUGGAAAACGAAUAGCCGUGAUCGAGAACGAGUAUGGUGAAGUGGACAUCGAUGGUUCCCUAGUUGCUGCCAAAGCUGCGGGUGCUGAGGAUAUAGUGAUGCUUAACAAUGGUUGUCUUUGCUGCACUGUACGGGGUGAUCUUGUCCGGAUGAUUGCAGAAUUGGUCAAUAAGAAGAAAGGCAAAUUUGAUCAUAUUGUUAUAGAGACCACAGGAUUGGCAAAUCCGGCACCAAUAAUACAGACAUUUUAUGCUGAGGACCAGGUUUUCAAUGGUGUCAAACUGGAUGGUGUUAUUACCUUGGUCGAUGCCAAACAUGUGGGUUUUCACCUCGACCAGGUCAAGCCGCAAGGAGUAGUGAAUGAGGCAGUUGAACAAAUUGCUUAUGCAGACCGUAUUAUAAUUAAUAAGACGGAUCUUGUUGGUGAACCUGAACUUGCAUCUCUGGUCCAGCGAAUAAGGAACAUCAAUCGCAUGGCUAGCUUAGAGCGGACACAGUAUGGAAAGGUUGACUUGGAUUAUGUUCUUGGAAUUGGAGGCUUUGAUUUGGAGAGGAUUGAGAGUGCUGUUGAUGCUGAGGGUGCGAGAGAAGACCAUGCUGAUCAUGACCAUGACCAUGAUCAUCACCAUCAUCAUCAUGACGAACACGACCAUAAGCAUGAGCAUCAUGAUCAUCAUGGACAUGAUCAUUCUCAUGAUCCUGGCGUUUCUUCUGUCAGUAUAGUUUGCGAAGGAAGCUUGGAUCUCGAGAAGGCGAACAUAUGGCUUGGGACAUUGUUAUUGGAACGUAGCGAGGACAUAUAUCGGAUGAAAGGUCUUCUCUCAGUAGAGGGCAUGAACGAGAGAUUCGUUUUUCAGGGAGUCCAUGAUAUCUUCCAAGGCUCACCUGACCGAUUGUGGGGUCCAGACGAAGCGAGGGCGAACAAGAUCGUAUUCAUCGGGAAGAACUUGGAUGCGCAGGAAUUGGAGAAGGGCUUCAAAGCUUGUUUGCUUUGAUGAUGAAGACCAAUAAAAUGGCAUUUCAUGUCCAAAACAUCCCCUCUUCCACAGUUUUGAUGGUUAGAAAAGGUGGAGCUAUUGCUGUAAAAUAAAACUGGGACAUUUAUAACAUUAGUAAAAACACUCUUAAAACAUUUGUUGCAAA